AUGGCUGCUAAGAAGUCCUUCAAGAUCAAGCAAAAGUUGGCUAAGGCUAAGAACCAAAACAGACCAUUGCCACAAUGGUUCAGAUUGAAGACCAACAACACCAUCCGUUACAACGCUAAGAGAAGAAACUGGAGAAGAACCAAGAUGGGUAUCUAA